GGCGAAAGAGGCAAAAUGUGACCAACAAGGAUGGAGAGAUACAAGUUUGAGUGAAAAGAUACACUACUACUUGAGGAAAACAAGAAAAAAAUGGUCCUCUCGGAGUCUCGGAUCUAAGAGAUUCUUACAAGUUACAACACAAAAGAACAUAUUGAAAACAUCUGAAAAGACACACUCCAUUUACUAAUUGAGUCAAAGUUGCUCAUUAAAUAAACUCAUCGGCGGCGACGGGACGGAAACCGCUCUAUACGGCAUUACGGCGAGUCAAUUCAAGCCAAGAAGGAGCAUUCGAGGAAUGGUCAGCCGAAUCGCUAUUCAAUAUUGCGAUCAUAUAGUAAAUCAAGGCACAGAAAAAUCGAACAAAGCAAAGAAUUCCUGCUCCCAAUGGUAUCUUGAAAUGCAUUGAGGUCCCACAUUUUUGUCCUCUUCGCAGAUGCUGUAAAACUCCAACACCAAAUAAAAGUUCUCCUGCGCCAAACGCGACACUGCACAUUGAUGAAGGAUUCAAAGAGUUUAUACACAAAUGCCCCUAAUCAAUUCUUAUUUGAAUUUGUAAUUAAAAUAAAAGUUCACGUCUCCAACGGCAAGUCAUCAUCUCCAACCGUAACAGUUCAACCACCCACGUCACCUGCAACCACCGUCACCGGCCACACCUGCCGCCACCUCCAUCACCUGCGAUGCUUCCGCCGUCAUCACCGCCACCUGCCGCCGCCGUCACCGGGGCCACCUACAAAUUCCCUCGCCGCCGCUUCUAACACUGUGUCACCAUCCAUCACCAUAUGGCCGAUGUCACCAUCCACCGCCGCCACCAUUCCUGAGCACCGCCGCCACCGUGACAACUCAGACGGAAUAAUUAUGUCAUUAAGUUGGAAGAUAUAUGGUUGGGAGUAGAUUCACAUCUGCCAUGAAUAAGGGUUUUAGAUCUGACAAAGAGUUGACAAAUUUAUUUUGGAAUAUUAACACAGAAUUGCAAUGAAUUUUGCAAAAAUAUGAAAUCGGUGUCCAAACAUUUGAAAAAUCAAAAAUAAUAAUGAAAUAAGCAUGUUAGCACAACCGGAAUUCAGAAAAGGAAGCUAAUGGCAAAAAAGUUGAAAAAUCAUUUUACAUAAAUGCAUGUUGCCAUAAUCACUUGUCAGUACACACAUUUCUGCCAUAAACUUGGCAAAAUCUGAAGACAUCAUCCAAAAUUUUGGAAAAUCAGAAUUUUUUAAGAACUAAGAAAUCGGAUAUUGGAAAUAGAAAAUAGAAAUCCAAAAAUUGGCAAAAUCAAUGUCAACAUCCCAGAAAAACAGAGAAAUAGAAGGAAAAUAAAAAGAAGAAGCAGAAGGAGGUGAAGGAGGAGGAGGAGGAGGAGAACCUCAGCGACGACAACGUGAGGGAGAGUGGUGGCAACAGCGUAUAUGGCAGAAAUUUACAGAGAGGAAUCUACCGACCGUGCCACGGAAGAAGGAGAUCUAGUGUGCAAUCGAUCGAUUGUGCGCAGGAAGAGAGUCG